UUCAGAGGUGCAUGAUGGGAUUGAGUCAAGCCUCCACUGUCACUCCAGACAUCAGCUUGGUGGAGAACAACAACCCCAACACCUCUGGCACCGCCUCAUCUCUCAAUCCGUCGUCCUGCAGCAUUGACGAAUCCUACAAGUACGUCUUCCUGCCCGUCUGCUACUCGCUGACCUUCCUCUUCAGCCUCACCCUCAACUCUGUAGUGCUGCUGCGCUCCUGUCGCCUCCGCGGCGGAUGCUGCGGAGGCGGCGGCAGCAGCAGCGGUGGGCGGCGCUGGAACACCUCGCUGAUCUACAUGGUGAACCUGGCCACCACGGACCUGAUGUACGGCCUGUCGCUGCCCUUCCUGGUGGCGAGCUACGUGCUGAGGGACAGCUGGGUGUUUGGCGACUUCAUGUGCCGCCUCGUACGCUUCCUCUUCUACUUCAACCUCUACUGCUCCAUCUUCUUCCUCACCUGCAUCUCUGUGCACAGGUACCUGGGGAUCUGUCAUCCCAUGAGGACCAUCACUCUGGAGAGCAAGCGGGUGGUGAAGGGAACCUGUGCGUUGGUGUGGGUGGUGGUUUUCAUCCUCACCUGCCCCAUCUUCAGGUUUGCCCAGACUGGAUACAUCAGGCGAGGAGGCAGCGCAGUAGCUGGGCCUGGAGGGUCACGGGAUGGCGGGAACGGGACUGGGGAUCAGGACGAUGAGGGGUACGUGAACUGCUGGGACGACGCCAUUGACAAGGAAUUUGCCGACUACGUCCCCUAUGGAAUCGUCCUUCACCUAUUAGGCUUCUUUGUGCCCUUCGUCAUCAUCGCCUGGUGCUACUCUCAGGUGGUCAGGACGAUAUUUCAGACCCUGCGAUCUCCUCCCAGCUCGAUGGAGGGCGGCGAGGACUGUCCGGUUGGAGAUGGGACACCAGAGGGAGUUCGAGAGCGGGAAAGAACCUCAGUCUCUAUCUCCGGCUCGCAGUACUCCCACUACAUUCGGCGGCGGCGGAAAUCCAUCAAAACCAUUGUAACCAUUACGUUGCUGUUUGCUCUCUGCUUCCUGCCCUUCCAUGUGACCCGCACGCUCUUCCUGCUUCUGCGGCGGGGGCAGCUCGGCGGCUGCUACGCUAUGAAGACCAUCUCAAUCUGCUACAAGGUCACCCGGCCACUCGCCUCCUGCAAUGCCUGGCUCAAUGCUCUCCUAUACUUCCUGACAGGGGAUAAGGGCGCCCCCUGCUGCUGGCCGGCAGAACACACCGUUCGCAGAGACCGCCAGAACAGCUCCCUCUGGUGGCCGCUGAAGAUACUAAAAAAGGAGGGGGCAAGAGUCGACGACCAGGAGGCAGCAGAGCGGGUCGAAAGGGAGGUGCACAUGGAAAACGAGUCCAAGUCUUCAAGGGUCGUCUUCUAGGAAAGUUUAGAGCCGCCUGAGGAUGUUUGAAACUUUUUGAGACGUUUGAUCUUCUGAAGAAAACGUUGCUGA